AGAGGAACGGAGGGGAAGACGUGUGUCGUGGAAGGAAUGGAUGUGAUGGGUUGAUCAUAAUUGAGAAUGAGAUUGGAGAAAGAAAAGCUGCAGAGAAACAGAGUUAGAGAUUAGAGUUUAGAGUUUAGAGUUUAGAGUUUAGAGAGAGAGAGAGAGAGAGAGAGAAUGAGCGGCGGAGGUGGAGAAGAGGGGGACACACUUGAGUUCACUCCAACGUGGGUAGUGGCUGCCGUUUGCACAGUCAUUGUCGCCAUUUCCCUCGCCGCAGAGCGUUUCCUUCAUUAUGGCGGAAAGUUUCUCAAAGCGAAGGACCAAAAACCGCUCUACGAAGCUCUUCAGAAGAUCAAAGAGGAGCUCAUGCUCCUCGGUUUCAUUUCUCUGCUUUUGACGGUUUCGCAAAGCGGCAUUACCAAAAUCUGCGUUCCGCCCGAUUUGAUGCGUCACAUGCUACCCUGCAGCCUCCACGACGCGCCUGAGCGCCAACUCUCACAUCUUCACAAACUUAACCCUUUCCCUGGAACUGCCAGACGACUUCUCGCUGGCGCUGGGGCCCACACUGAAACCGAAAAUGGAACUGAAACUCAAACUGGUUUCUGCGCAAGCAAGAACAAGGUGCCUUUACUAUCGGUCGAAGCACUGCAUCACCUCCACAUCUUCAUUUUUGUCCUAGCUGUCGUUCAUGUCACCUUUUCCGUCCUCACCGUUGUUUUUGGAGGCGCUAGAAUACGUCAGUGGAAACACUGGGAAGAUUCGAUUGCAAAACAGAACUACGAAACAGACCGAGUUCUGAAACCAAAGGUGACUCACGUUCACCAGCACGAUUUUAUCAGAGAUCGUUUUGCUGGUUUUGGCAAAGACUCUGCUUUAGCUGGUUGGUUGCUGUCCUUUUUCAAGCAAUUUUAUGGAUCCGUGACAAAAUCAGAUUAUGUGACAUUACGAUAUGGUUUCAUUAUGACCCACUGCAGGUCAAAUCCAAAGUUUAAUUUUCACAAGUACAUGAUUCGUGCCCUCGAAGAUGAUUUCAAGCAAGUUGUUGGUAUAAGUUGGUAUCUUUGGGUCUUCGUGGUCAUCUUCCUGCUGCUUAAUAUCAAUGGUUGGCAUACAUAUUUCUGGAUUGCUUUUAUUCCUGUCAUUCUUUUGCUUGCUGUAGGCACUAAGCUGGAGCAUGUAAUAACCCAACUAGCUCAUGAAGUAGCAGAAAAGCAUGCAGCCAUAGAAGGUGAUUUAGUUGUUAAGCCAUCAGAUGAUCACUUUUGGUUUCAUCGGCCCCGUGUUGUGCUCUUCUUAAUUCACUUUAUCCUUUUCCAAAAUGCUUUUGAGAUAGCAUUUUUUUUCUGGAUAUGGGUUACAUAUGGAUUUGACUCAUGUAUAAUGGGACAAGUUCGUUACAUUGUUCCAAGGCUCAUUAUUGGGGCAUUUAUUCAGGUACUAUGUAGCUACAGCACCUUGCCACUCUAUGCCAUUGUUACGCAGAUGGGAACUCACUUUAAGAGGGCAAUAUUUAACGAGCAUUUGCAACAAAACAUUGUUGGUUGGGCACAAAAGGCAAAGAAGAGGAAAGGACUAAAAGCUGAUGGCCAGCCUGGCCAAGGAAGUUCUCAUGAGAGUUCUAGUGCAGGAAUCCAGCUUGAGUCAAUUCUCCCAAGGAGGGCAUCUGCGCCAGGAGUCAGUACUUCUGUCCCCAAAGAUGACGGUACCAAUUGAGUGUGUCUAUCCUGGUGAAGUCAAGAUCAACGCAAUGGGACUCCAUUAUGGGAUGUGGGAGGGGGGCCUUUUACAGUUUUAUUUUGUAGGUUAUAUUUGAAAAUGUUGUUUUCUUUGUCUUGUUUUCUUUGCUACCGUAGUGCGGCAUUGUAGGACAUGUUUGACUUUGUGUAGGCGUUGAUGCUAGCAAUGCUAUUUUUAUUUCUACAAUCCUAAUAUCUGUGAUCAUCGCCAUCUUACUC